AGUCCAGCGAGUAACUCUGACUGAAGACUGGAGACGAAUUUAUUAUGGCUUCUCAUCGAAUUCGCAACCCAUUACUCCGUGCAAUACAUGAACAUAAUACAGAUGAGAGGUUCAGGAGAUCAAACUUGAGAAAAUAUUAUGACGUGGAAGCGUGGUACAGCUGUGAUACUAGCAAGCUCCCUGACUGGCUGGCAUCCAAGUUUGUACAGAGCAAUUUGGACCAGAGGACAGAGGCUUUCCUUGAUGGCUGCUACGAGAAAUCUGGUUGGAUGCUGACCCAAAUGUGGCAUAGCCUAGCCAAGUCAGCUCUUUCAUUCUUCAUGUCAACUACCUCGGUGAAUGGGUUGUUGAAGAGAGGGUCCAUGUUCGUGUUCUCCAGAGACCAAAUCCAGCAUCUCCUUGGGGUUACAGCUGACUGGAAAGCAGAAAAGGUCAUUGACCUUGGGGCAGGUGAUGGGGAGGUCACAAAGGAAGUAGAUUUCAUGUUCAAAGAGGUUUAUGCCACGGAGGCAUCAUGGACUAUGCAGUGGAGGCUGUCCCAACAAGGCUGCAAAGUACUUCCCAUUGAUGGAUGGAGUUUAGAGAAGACUGGUCAUGCAUAUGAUGUGAUAAGCUGUUUGAACCUACUUGAUAGAUGUGAUCAUCCUCUGUUACUACUCAAGGAAAUGAAAGAAUCACUAUCAUCAUCGGGUGUGGUCAUCAUGGCAGUGGUGUUGCCAUUCAAGCAGUUUGUAGAACAUGGUUCAAACCAGAACAAGCCUUCUGAAGUGAUCGAGGUCCAAGGAGAGACUUGGGAGGAACAGGUCCAGCAUCUAGUCCAGGAGGUGAUCCAGCCUGCAGGAUUCCAAGUCCGAAGCUUCUCCAGGGUACCUUACCUCUGUGAGGGGGAUGCCACCGAACCCUUCUACCACCUGAAUGAUGCGCUCUUUGUUCUAGAGAGGGGUCAAGAUGCUCUAGACGGUCAAAGAGAGCUGGAAAUGGAAGCUGUUCCAAGCAGCAGCUUAAGUAUAGAAUCAGAAAGAUGAUGAAUAUCACAUGAGUCUGAAGAAAACAGUACUCUUUGAAUAACAGUAUUUUUGUUUGUGUGCUCAGUGGGAGCAAUCGGAAUGGAUGCAAGAAUCUGUACCUGUGCAGAGAUGGGACAACUUGAUCUACAAGCAGUAAGUCUACUAAACCCAUUUGGUCUAAUAUCAAAUUGAUCUAAUUGCCGUUUCGUUUGCACAACUCUUGGUCUAAUACCCACUCAGUCUAAUUCUUAUUCAAAAUGGGCUAAAUUGCAAAUGGUUUAGAUGAGCUAAACUGGUUGUAGACAAAGAAAGAUUAGACCAGGUUGGAUGAGACCUAAUGGAAAGUACACUAAGCAGUUGAAGACCAAGUAGCAAUAUACAAUCCAAAGUGCCUAAAUCCUUGUCAUUGUAAUAUACUGUAUGUAGAGACAAACUUGAUUUGUUUCACAACUGAAAUAUCAAAAUUUAUAAUAGGGAGUAGGCCUAUGAAAUGACUUUUCAUCACAGCUGUGAAGAACACACAUCCCAACAAGUAAUCUGCUAGUAUGUGAAUCAACUCAUGUUGUGCAUCAGGGCUGGUUUACAGUUCAAUACUUAAGCCAGAAUUUGAAGUGUUUUAUUAGGAUCUUUAGUUUUGGUACCCCCCCCUCCUCAAAGUGCAUGCCACCAUUCCAUUUCAUGUUUAUUCACACUUUGCCACUCUCCACCCAAGCGCUAAAUGGGUACCCGGUAGGAUGUGAAAGUCAUUGUUGCUUGUCCAGUACCGUGUGUGCCUCACUGGCGACUGAGUGGAAUACUCUGCAGGGAGUGGAGGAUAUGCUUACAUAACAUGCGGGAAUGACUGAUUGAAUCCGAUGACCGGGAUAUAUCUGUAAAGCGCUUAGACAUGUCGUUCCGAUGUAUUAAGCGCUAUCGGAUUAUUAUUAUUAUUACUCCUGCAUCCUUGCAUGCCAUUAACACUUUUUUUCCUGAUGUGUACUCUGUUACUUAUACUUCAUCUGUAUGUUAUAAAAAGAAGAGAAGCUUAUGGAAAAUUGAAAUAAGCACAGGUGUAAAGGCAUGGUCACACUGCCCAAGCUUUCUUGGAGAGGUCGUGGAGCGGAGAGAAAAAAAUCAUCACCUCUCGCUACCGUUCACCAUUUUCGAUUUCGAUUGUUUUUUUUU